CAGAUACUUCUUGACUCACUUCCGGGUAAUGUGACAGAAAGUGAUAGAGUUCAGUCAGAGGAAACAGCGCGAGACCAGAGAAAUUUGUGCAGAACAAAGUGAAAGAAUGGAUUUAAGAUAACGAAGUGACAGAGUGCUUUGGCUGGCCUUUAUUCCAUGAUAUGUAACCUCUGCGCUUGUCCCUACACAUUUUAAUGUAACUGGAAUCUUGGUCAUUUGCACAUUGAGCAAAAUCCUACCCCAAAAUAAUAUGCAUUUUAAUAUGUCCACAAUAACUACCUACCUAAAUUUUAGGAAAUGCGUUCCUGCCUCUGAUGGAGUUGACAACUGAACUUGUGUUCUGAGUUUUUCUGGAAUACAUAUUUUGAGAGAACCUUCUAAACGCCUGUAAUUAACCAUCCAAAUGUGGCUUCAGCAGAGGAUUAAAUAUUUUCCAGGACUUCUCUCAAGCAGCUGGGCACGACGCAUUCUUGCUGUCUUGGGGUUCCUGCUAAUUGUAUACUGGUAUUUCUCCUCUGGAUCCAUAUAUAGAUCCCUAUGGUAUUCAGGACAGCCAAGAGGGGCCUCUGGAACUUGUUUGCAGGUGUACACCAAGCAAUGGAGAACACUGGCAGAGAGAGGCGAUCUGGUAAUGGCAUCUUUUCCUGGAGAAGAGACAAAACUACAAGGCCCUACAAUGGUCGGCAAUGGAUUUAUCCUUGUUGAUAUUGGCAAAAACAAUCUUUGGGUGUCUUCGAUGACCGUACCAUUUCACUUAACUGAGUAUUCUCCUGUGACCUCUAUUAAAAGCUCAGGGGCAUUUACAGAAGUUCAUGCUACUGCAGUCAUACUAAAAGAGGGGUUGAUCCGCACUAUUCGAUGUCUUCAACUGGAUUCAUCAGACUCUGCUCGUGAUUGUAUCACUGUUCGCGAGGACCACUUUGCUCAUCGCAAAAGGUCUCAUAUUUAUGUUCAGCGAAUCCACAUCUCAAAUCCAAGUGACAGAGUCACCGCUUUUGACAUCACUACCCAGAAACCACUAAAUGGAGUUAAAUUCUCCACCAGUGUAGAGAAAGUCCAUGACAGACAAUUACUGCUUUCCUCUGGCAGAGUGUCAGUUGAAGAUGGAAAAAAUGUCCUUGUUGUGGUUGCUUCCAAAAAACUUGUUAGCAGAGUUCAAGUCAGCCCAAAAUCUGAAUUUGAUGAGACGGCCGUGUCUGUUGUUUACACGUCUGAGCCGAUUGACUCUGGGAAGGUGGACGACACAUUCAGUAAGCUCCGAGAAUCUGCCAAGAAAGAUUUGCUGGAGGUUAUGCUAAUGAGAACAGAAGAUUUACUUCUUGAGCAUCAACAGAUUUGGUCUGAUUUGUUUGUAUCAGGGAUUGAAAUGAAAAAGAUUAAGGAUUUUCAUACUCCAUCGAGCAACACAAUCAAUAUUACUCUCUACUAUGUGCUGUCCUGUUCUCCAGCACCCAUGGUGGAUCCACUUCUAAACAAUGAAGAGCGGGAUAAGAUGGAAGCCACGCUGAAUUAUGCAGACCAUUGUUUUACUGGACAUGCUACCAUGCAUGCAGAGAACUUGUGGCCUAGCCAUUUGAGCAGCAUUGCCCAACUGGUGCAGCUCUUUGACUUGUGGAAAUUGACGUUACAGAAACGAGGGUGCAAAAGCCUUGUGUUAGCUGGUGCACAUGGACUCAUGCAAGGCAUGAUGCUGAGCUUCGGAGGCCUGCAGUUCACAGAAAACCACCUGCAGUUCCAGUCCGAUCCACAUGUCCUUCACAACAGCUACUCUCUACGCGGAAUCCAUUAUAACAAAGACCUUAUCAACCUAGCUGUCAAACUGGAUCAGGAUGAGAAGCCUUAUCUCCACGUGUCUGUAAAGUUCCAAGACAAGCUGGUGAAACUCUAUGCUUGUGAAGCUGGCUGUUUACAUGAGCCUGUGGAACUGACCUCCGAAAUCAGAGGACACACCUUCCCAGUACUGGUAACCCAGCCGCUCACACCUCUGCUGUAUAUCUCCACUGACUUGACGCAUUUGCAGGAUUUGCAACACACUCUUCACUUGAAAGAAAUCUUGGCCCAUGAAGAACACAUGGCCAAACAAUAUCCAGGGCUGCCCUUUUUGUUUUGGUUUAGCGUGGCCUCUCUGAUCACACUCUUCCACUUGUUUUUGUUUAAACUAAUCUACAAUGAGUACUGCGGCCCUGGUGCCAAGCCACUUUUCAGGAGUAAGGAAGAUAACGAGCUGCCCUCUAAUAAAACAAAAUACACCUUGUGAUAGGUGAGUAAGACAAAGUGAGGCCCAGGAGAAUGAGUGUCGGGCUGAGAAUUGAUAUAACCUGGUCUGAGACUUCAUCGUGAAGCAGGAAUAUUGUGAAUCCGCUGCAGCUGGAUGUAUCUUAUUGCACUUGUCAUGGAGAUCUGCAGCCAGAGAUGGGAUAGUUUUUAGAAGUCAUUUGAGCAGUGCUGUGACUAAUAGUAUAUUUUAUUAAAACACUUCUUGCCAUUUAGCUCACAAUGUAA